UCGGCCCUCUACUAAGCUGUCCUGUCUAUACAGCCACCAAGCACGGGGUGAUCGGCUUCACUCGAGCCAUGGCGUCUGCCUCUACUGCAUCAGGCUAUGGUAUACGGGUCAACGCCGUUUGCCCAGUUUUUGUUCAAACUGACCUCUUCUCUACCAUUCCUUCCAAUCUGGGGCCCUACUCCCACCUGGCUGAUGAAACCCAACAAGUAAUAGAAAAGUUUAGGGUUUUAAGUGCGUCUGAGGUAGCAGACUGCCUCCUCGAGCUGGUGACAGAUGAGACAAAGAAUGGAGAGGCCGUCCUGGUGUUACCACAAGGAAGGAAAUACAUGACUUUUCCCUCAUUGAUCCAGUAGCUCUUGGCAAUGACAAACCACAACACCGUCAUACAGAACAAACCUGUAUUGUUUCUCAGUGCAAAAUAAGGACCAGUGUGUAAGAUUUAUGGGUAUAUUGGCAGAAAUGGAAUAUAAUAUUCAUAAGCAUGUUUUCAUUCACCUGAAAAGAAUCGUUUUCUCACUUUAAAAAUUAGCCCUUUGUAGCUACAGAGGGAGGGGGCCCCAUAGGUGAAGAGAACUGGAUAGUGUGUUGGAGGCAGGGCUCUGUUCUUUCUUUUGAAAGUUGUUCGCUUCCAGGUGUUAGUUUUUUGCCAUUUGUUUUAAGCCUGUUUUUAGCUAGCCAAAAUUAGCAUCCCUGUUAAAAUCACACUUAAAUUGAAUUAUGGAUGCACCUUGUUAGGAGUAUGUUUUGUGUUCAUGUUUUCCUGUUUAAGUCUGGUUUUGGUUCUGUGUGAUUACUGAGUGACUUCCACAGGCUACUCAUGGCCUCCCGAAUCAAAUUCAAGACACUAAUGCUUGCAUACAGAGCUACUACUGGGUCUGCACCCAUCUACCUAAACUCCAUAAAACAAUUUUAAGUCCCUUCUCGGCCACUGCGCCCCUCCAACAAAUGCUGCCUGGCUCUGCCAUCCCUUCACACAAAGCAAUCUCAGUCCUGGCUGUUCUCAUCUGUGACACCACAAUGGUGGAACGAGCUACCACAUGCCAUCAGAGCAGGGUCCCUCUCUAACUUCAAGAAGCUCUUAAAAACUCCUCUCUUCCGAGAACACUUCCUCUUAUAAUACCUCUAACUCCUAACCUCUAACAUGCACUUCCUGUGCUCUUUUUCUAUCCCCUUAAAAUUAUAUUGUAUUGAUUGCCCUUUUUAACUCUUACAUCUUUCCCUAGGAAUUUACCCCAUUGAUGCGAUAUGUGCUAUUAGCUCUUACUAGUAUGUAUUGUCAGUUGUAGUUCUCGUGCUGUAUUGAUUCUCUGUUGAUGCUUGU